UAGGUAGAUCAAUGAGUUGAUAGAUACAUUUCACAGAAUACAAAUACGGAUGAUGUGUAAAACUUUACUAGUGACAUUGUUCAUUUUGUCAAUAUUUAUUACUAAAGAAAUUACAUGUUUUCUGGAUUUCAAAUGUGCAGAAAAAGGUGAAACAUGUACAAAAACAAUCAUUAAACGAUGUUGUGGUAAUCUUGUCUGUGAACUACAUGGACCAUUCAAUGGAAUAUGUGUAGAUUGUUUGAAAUUAGAAUCAGCUUGUAUAUCAGAUGAUGAAUGUUGUAGUAAAAGGUGUCAUUUUCUUGCUUGUAAACCAAAAAACAACUGAAUCAAUUCUCUCUACACUUUUACUGAUCAUAUUAUCUAUCAGGUUUCAGUAUUAUUUAGGUUAAAUAAUGUUAUUUCUAUCAUUUUGAAAAAAAUAAAUUGAAUUUUUUAAUA